UUUCGCCGACGUGCGCCGGAAGGAAGGUCAGGCCCGGUGGAUUCGCGCGCGAGGCAAUGCUGCUGCGGACGCUGCGGAGCUGGGCUUCCUGGGCGCUGCGCCGCGACAGGCCCGGGAGCCCCGCCUCCAGCCCGGGGUUGCCAAGGGCGCAGCGUUGGGCCUGGCCUCGGGAUAAAGGUAGAGAAAAUGAAAAAGAGAAAAAAUCAGUGAUAUGUGUCGAGGGCAAUAUUGCAAGCGGGAAGACAACGUGUCUGGAGUUCUUCUCCAACACAGCUGACAUCGAGGUGUUAACGGAGCCCGUGCCCAAGUGGAGAAAUGUCCGAGGCCAUAAUCCUCUGGGUCUGAUGUACCAGGACGCCUGUCGAUGGGGCCUCACGCUGCAGACAUAUGUGCAGCUCACCAUGCUGGACCAGCACACUCGUCCUCAGACAUUGCCUGUACGGUUGAUGGAGCGGUCAAUUCACAGCGCAAGAUACGUUUUUGUAGAAAACUUGUAUAGAAGUGGGAAGAUGCCUGAAGUGGACUAUGUGGUCCUGUCGGAAUGGUUUGACUGGAUUGUGAAGAACAUCGACGUGUCCAUUGACUUGAUAGUUUAUCUCCAGACCACUCCUGAGACCUGUUACCAGAGGCUAAAGAUGAGAUGCCGGGAAGAGGAGAAGGUCAUUCCACUGGAAUACCUGGAUGCUAUUCACCACCUGUACGAGGAGUGGCUCAUCAAAGGGAGCCUUUUCCCCGUGGCGGCCCCUGUUCUGGUGAUUGAGGCUGACCACGACAUGGAGAAAAUGUUAGAACUCUUUGAACAAAACCGGCACCGAAUACUAAUUCCAGAGGAUCGGAAGCUUGGUCCAUAGGACGGGGAAGAUCAUGCCAGAGAAAUGCCCGCUGCUGCCAAGUUAGCUCUCACGAGCAGUUUGGAACAAUCCACUCACGAGAGGGCUUUCUAUCUGGGCACAUUUGUCUUCCUAAUGGUCUUCUCUCCUUUGCCAGUGUCUUUAUCCUGGGAUUCUGGCCCUCGUGGGUAAAUGACAUGAUGGGACCAAUGGGUUUGUCGUGGCCCUUUGGUGUCGCAGCCUUGCAUUCCCCCGGUGCUUCUUCCGGUGGUUUCCCACCUCUGAAUCCCUCUAAAUUAGGGAAGAGCCACCUGACUGACCCUGGGCUCAUGGUCUCUAGCCCUUCAGACCAUCCUCGAGGGCGAGGUAGUGGUCUUACAUCCCAGGGGAGGAAGUUGAAGCUCAGACUGGCUAAGGGACUCCCCGGGGUCACACAGCCAGUGACAGUGGAGUCAGCACCAUUCAGACUUCUGGUGACUCCCAAACGAUCAAUCUCUUGCCCCAGGCUGCCUCAUCCCAAGAGCCCUGCCUUCCCUGCUGGAGAGCCCCACACGUGUGUGGGAGUGUGUGUGUGUGUGUGUGUGUGUGUGGGUAGCGGGGGCAGCGGUGCGUGCAGCCAGCAUCUUCAUUUUCUCCUUAUUUGAGCAGCUCCUGAGGACAGUUAGCAUUUCUAGACUCUCACAAAAUUGUGUGGUAUUUGGCUGGAGCCCAGCGUUCAGUGGUUCACUAGCGUGAGGCUGAUGUGGUACUUACCACCUCAUCAUCGGGACUUCCCUGUCCUUAGGAGAAUCGUGGUUUGGCUCCUGAAUGGUGCUCGGUCUCCUUGGUGACGGAGGUCCUGCUUGAGCUGCUGCCGAUUCCCCGGCAGGGCAAUGGCCUAUGGCGCCAGGCUGGUGUGCCCAGUGCUGUUCUGGGCAAGGGGCUGCCAGCCUGGCUUCUGAGGCUCCCUUCCUCCAUAGUGGCCUUGUGUGAGGAGCUUCACCCUUGGAAUUCCUGGGAGUUUGUGGCCCAGGGGAGAGACACAGUGGCCUUACGUCUUUUUGAAAUGUUUUUCCAUCCAAAGGGACACCAUGGGCCCUAGGGCAUGAACCAUCUUUAUUCAGAGAAUAUCUAAGCUCCGCUCAGCUGUAACAAUGCACUGAAGGCACGGCUGUCUCCUGAGUCAAGUAGGAAGCAAGAGAAAGGAGGAACAUUCUCUUUGGGGACAGUUUGGGCAGGAAAGUUGGGGCUGGCAAGCAAAGGCUCUUGGAGCACUGGAGCUCCUGAAUUUUGGAGGUGGGUGGAGAGAGCUUCCAGAAGGCUGUUGCAGACACGGGGAGGGAUUGAUUAUGAACUUGGGGAAACAGGCCUUGGCCUCUCCCGAGUGGUGGUUGGUGUACCUGAAGGUUGGAAGGCCUCAUCCCAGCCUCUGUGUGAGUGUGGCACCUGUGCAUGCAGUUCUCUGACACUACAUAGGUGACAGGUGCCCCGGGUGGCCUGGGCCCAGAGGCAGCACUAGGAGGGCAGCACUCUGGCUUCCAGCCCUUUCUGGCUGGACUGACUCCUGGGCCGUGUGCACAGGGUGAGGGCGGCAGUCCGGUGGGGAUGUGUCUCUCAGCCCAGAUGUUGGUGAUGGACCAGAAACCUGGGGGAGGCAGCGCCUCUGCUUCCAGGCAUCUGGACAUGCCAGGACCAUCUUUGGGCCUUUGCAAACAGUCCAAUUUCCCCUCAAUUUGAGCAUCUGUUUUGGGGGAAAUGUGAUUUAAAAAAAACAAAAUCUUGCUCUGUGAUAGCCAAUAAAUCCUUCACUUAAAACCUGGUGAUAAUUUUGGAGUGCUUCCUACGCCAGUGAUUUUAGGUCCCUGCAGCAUCCUUGUACCAGCAAGGUAAUGUUUUAAUUUUUAAACACUGUGUUCCUAACGGGAUGUCCGGGUCCAUAAGAGCUCUCUGUCCUCCCACCCCGGCACCUUGGAGAGGAUGCUGUAUGUACCCACAGUGGCUGGGGCCUGUCACAAAAAUCUCCCAGCCCAGAGAUGUCACAGGAAAUGGCUAGAGCCCAGCCCACCAAGGGUUGCUCUCCCCCAUGUGGCAGGCAGGGCUGGUGGUGGCAGGGAUCACAGCAGUUAUGAACACUGCUGAGAACCAGGGCAGGGAAAGGGCAGAUGGCACGUGGUAGGCACGGGGCCCAGUUCCUCAAGCAGAGGGAGGCACUCCCCAGGGACUCCCAGGAACGGCCGUGAGGAGCGUGGCAUGGCUUGGCAGGCCCUUGCUAAACGUGAGCCCUGGGAAGUGCUGUCACCCUGCUUGUUUUUCCCUUUCUUUUUCUCUUCCUGCCUCUUUUCUUCCUUUCCACCUGAGCCCCUCACCUAGCUGAGAAGCCCCCCUGCCUGAGAAAUGCAUCAGUCAGAGACCCUUCCUGGGGCUCCCGCAGGCUCCCACCAUCUGACCUGAGGAAGGAAGGAUUGAGGUAUUUAUUGCUGUGAGAGCAGGUAGGAGAUGUUUCCAAAACCUGUCUACCCCUGGGUGCUAUGGAAUCCGCAUCACCCUCAUUUUCCUAGAGCCUGGGGCCAGAUGGGGGAGCGCACUUCAAAUGCUCACACAUCUGCGGAAUGAGUAACCUCACCCCCUUGGCCUUUUCACCCUGAAGUUACAGUUACUAAAAUAAUUGACAAGCUCUUGGAGACGUCAGCCCUCCACUGUUGAGAAUCUAAUAACAAUAAUAUUGUGCCCAAUGUCUCUGGGCUUUGACAGUGGAUUACUUAUUUACCAGAGGCCCCAGGGUCACUGGCACACGCUUUCUUUUCCUAAUUAACCCCAACCUUGUGGCUCCCCUAAGGCUGGGGUGAGCUCUGUGUUCCUCUAGUUUCUGUAAGAUGGUGAACUUGGCAAAAGCUGUCAUUAAACAGAAGCUAGGAGAAAGCCAAGCUUGUGGAAUCAGAAUGGGUAUUGGCAUUUACUGCUCUCUUCUUGAAUUUCUGCAUUUUUUGGCUUUUUCUUCUCCAAGACUGGGGUCUGUGGAACACAGGUGUCCUGGGAGAUAGGAAUAGGUGCUCUGAGAAAAGAGGGUUCCGUAGUCCACAAAAUUUGGGAAACACCACCUGGGUACUCUCUCUGCGAUGCACAAGGUACAUUAGCCUAGAUAAAGUCAAGAAGUCCUGCAAUAAAAACACUUUCUAAACUUUGUUUUAGCCAGGGACUCUCAAACUCACUUGACAGUAGGGCCUCCCAUUUGGGGAGUAUACAUCAACAAUCUCCAGAUGUGCUAAUGUUCCUUGGAACACACAUUGGGAAGCACUGUUUUAGGGGGCCUGCAGCUGCUGAUGACUCCUGGUUCUGUGUCCUUUGGGAUGCUCUAGCUCAUGGUUCUCUAACUUCAGAGCAUCUGAGUCCUCUGGUGGGCAUGUUAAAACACAGACUGCAGGGCCUACCCCCAGAGUUUCUAAUUCAGUAGAUCUGGAAUGGGUCUGAGAAUUUGUUUUCUAAUGACUUUCUAGGUGAUGAUGAGUCUGCUGGUCCAGGAACCACCGUUUGGGGACCACUUCUCUUAGCUUGAUGUUUUCUAGAAGUGGACAUCCAGGAGUUCCAAGAAAACUUGGCAUGUUUUUGAGCGUUGUCACCCCUCGUGAGUGUUGGCUGUCUUACCUGUUGAAUGGGAGCAUUGCUCACUUCCUAGGGCGGUGAGGAUAACCAGCCUGGCGUGUGGAAGGGGCCCAGAGCAGGACCAGUUGCUAAGUUUUAAAUAAAUAUUACCUUUGGGGAUCCAGAUGUUGAAACAUACUAUAAAACUUCUAUAAUUGAAACAGUAUGAUACUGGUGCAUGAAUAGACAAGUAGACCAGUGGAAUAGAAUAGAGAGCCCGGAAAUAGAUCCAAGUACAUGAUAAAGGUGACAUCUCAAUGAUUAUUGGGGAUAAAGAUAGAUUUUUAAAUGGUGCUGAGAUGACUGAGUAGCCAUUUGGAAAAAGAUAAAAAUAGAUCCAUAUCUCACAUCAUACCCAAAAAUAAAUUACAAGUGGUUAGGGAUCUAAAUGUAAGAAAUGAAACCAUGCAAGUACUAGAAGAAUGAAUUCUUCUUCUUUAAAACCUUGAUGUAGGGAAAACUUUGUAACUCUAAUUCAAAAUCUAGGAAAAAUAAAAGAUUGAUAAAUCUGACUAAAAAA